AUGUCAUAACAAAAUAGGAAUCAAACUGCGUAAAGGUUUAAGUUUUUAUUUAAUAGCAAGCAGUCUCAAAAUUUAGAAAAUUGCUAUUCUACAAAAAUAAAGGAUAAAAAAUACAAUUUUAUGAAUAUCUAUUAUAAGGAUUAGAUAAUGAUUUGUGAUUUGAUUUUACUUUGGGAAUAUGGGUGUUUAAAGGAAAAAUUAAAUACAAAUGGCUUUCAUUAAUUUUGGAUUUUGAUGAGAGAAUUUCAUAGAUAACAAUAAAAUAAAUAAACAAUCUUGAAUUGUUGUACAAUUAGAAAAUUAGAAAAUAAAUUUUUGAUAUCUACAGAUUUUUCUCUUAAUAUUAAUUACAAGACUCUCUUACAACAGUUUGAUGAAUUGCUGAUUAAGCUUUAAUAAUUUAUUGAUCAUGAUAAAGGAAAGGAUUUGGCUUUUAUUAUAAAUUCUGCUUUUGAGAUUUAUUCAAAGUUAAAUGCAAAUGUAUAAACCUUAAAUGAAAACGAGAUAAUUGAUGGGAUUCAGAGAAGAUUUUUUAUAAAGUAAUAUUUAAAAUAAAGUAAUGAUAAUGAAGGAAAAUAUAUGAGUUACUUUAAAGAAAUUAAUCUAAAACUUAAAAAUCUACAAUUCUAUUAAUAAAUAUAAAUCUAUGAUUUAUUAAUUGAAUCUGAUGCUGAAACUUUGGAAUAAGUUUAUAUUUAUGUCAAGAAUGAAACAGCUUUACAAUUUUAAUUUUAAGUGAAAGAACAAAGGAUAAUUAAUGAUUUAGAAUUAAAUAACUAUUUUUUGGCUUCUUUAUAGAUUACUGACUAAAUAAUAUAGGACAAAACUGUUGCGGAAGAGUUUCUAAGAAUGGAAAUGGAAGAUAAAAAUGAAUUCAUAUAAAACAAAUUCAAUGGGAUGUUAAAGGAGCUAGAAAAUUAUUAAAUUACAUUUCAUGAUAACAUUAAUAAUUAAGAUUAGAGAUUUAUAAAGUUUAAAGAGGAAUUAAUAAACCAAUUAAAAUUAAAAUAUUGGAUUUUUGAAAAGGAACUUACUUUAUAUUGUUAAGAUGAUCAGCUGAAUAAUUAUAUCAAUAAAACAUUUAAUCGAUAUUAUAAAUCUAUUUGUCUUAAACUACCAAUCAAAAAACUAUUUCAAGAAUUUAUUUAGAUUAUUAUAGAUAAUGAUAAAAUGGAAGGAGUUAUUGCUCGAAUUUUGGAUUUUAAAAUUUAAUCCAUUAAUAAAUAUGUGUUAGAUCACGUACAAAAGCAUAACAUAGUCGAUAUUGAUUAAAAAUUAGAGUAAUUGUAUAAAAAAAAAAAAUAGAAAUAUUUGGUAAAAUUAAACAAUAAUCCAAUUUACCUUUAAUAAGUUGAUAUUGUAAUUGAUUAUUGCAAUAAAAUUAGUACAAUGAUCGCAAUUGAAAAUUCUUCAGCAAUUGUCGAUUUCACUAAUUCAAAUCAACUCCAACUUUUACAAAGCUUUUUAAGUAUAGUGGUACCAAAUUAUGAAUAUCUAAGUCAUGAUGAAUAAUUUUUGCUAGAAUUGUUCAAAGAAACAAAUAAAUUUUGCCCUGAUUUAAGCAUUGUUAAAUCUACAUAAUUUCUAGUUUUUUAAUAAAAGAUUUAAUUCAGAAUACCAAAAUAAGAACUUUAAACAAUUGUUGACAAUGAACAAAUUUAGGAGAGAAUAAAAUUAAAAUAUUUGAAUUAUGAAAAGUUUGAUAUUAAUAAAUUACUGUCUUAGUAUAAGGAUUUUAAAUAAUCACCUUCUCUUUUAUACGAUAACAGAAUAUGGGAGGAGCAUCAUAAAUCAUUGAUCUCAGAAUGUGUUAAUUUUUUUGUUGAAUAGGCAUAGUAACAAAAACGCUAAAGACUCAAUGAACAAAAGAAAAAAUUGUAAUAGAAAUAUGAGUCAUAUUUUUUGAUUCCAUUUGGAUGGGUUGAAAUCAUUUUUCUUAAAAGUUUUGAGGAAUCGAAAGAAGAGGAACUUAUGAAAAAAAUUGAUGUUUUCUUUUUGAAGAUGACUGAAGAAGAAGAAUAAGAACUUAAUACACUAAAAACAUAUGGAGAUAUAGAAGAUAACGUUAUUAAAAAUAGAAAAUAGUAAAUCAGAGAAUAUUUUCACUCUUUAGAGAAGAAAAACUAUUAAUCAUUUGAAGAGUUAAAGUAAGAUGUUAAAAUAGAGAUUAAGAAGAAUAGAGAAUAAUAAUUUAAGUAAAUUUAUGAGUUAAAAUAUUAUAUUGAUUUUGUGCAUCAAGAAUAUCUAAAGAUAUGUCAAGAAAUAUUUAUACAACCACCAACUCUUUUUGAGAGAUUCAAAGUAGAAAAAUAAGCAAAAUCAAAUGAAAUGGUGGAUAUCAAGGUUCAAGUCAUGUCAUUUUAUAAAGAAUAACUUUUAAAUCAUCUGAGAUAACAUAUUGAUAGAUGA